AAGCGGCAGGCGGCGCUCGGCCGGAACGCAACAAAACCCAACCACCUCGCCGCCGCGCCGCUGCUCGUGCUCGGUGCCCCGCGCGUCAUCCUCCACCGGCCCGGCAUUUAAAUCUUCACUCCCGACCCCCCCCGCCGCCUCCCCCCUCGUCCCCAAUGCUCUCCUCUUCCUCCACCACCCUCCCGCCCGCCUCGCCCCUCCCCGGCCCCGCCUCCGCGAACCCUAACCCCCGCUCCCGCCUCCUCCGGCUCCCCGCCGCCUCGUCCGCGCCGUCCGCGGUCGUGCGCGCGCGCGGGCGCCCCCCGAUGGGGUCGGUCAGGGCUUCGGUCGCCGCUGGGGCGGGCGGCCCGGGAGCGGCGGCGGUGGGGGAGGUGGCAACGGAGCAGCUGGUGGAGGUGGCGCAGCGGGCGGCGGACGCGGCGGGGGAGGUGCUCAGGAAGUACUUCCGCCAGCGGGUCGAGAUCAUCGAUAAGGAGGACAAUAGUCCUGUUACAAUUGCAGAUAGAGAAGCGGAAGAAGCAAUGGUGUCAGUUAUACUGAAGAGCUUCCCUACACAUGCCAUUUUUGGUGAGGAGAAUGGUUGGAGAUGCGUGGAGAAUUCUGCUGAUUAUGUUUGGGUUUUGGACCCUAUAGAUGGAACGAAAAGUUUCAUAACUGGCAAGCCUCUUUUUGGUACGCUUAUAGCACUUCUGCACAACGGGAAGCCGGUUAUUGGUGUAAUUGAUCAGCCAAUCUUGCGAGAAAGAUGGAUUGGAGUGGAUGGGAAACAAACAACUUUGAAUGGACAAGAAAUAUCUGUUCGCUCUUGUAAUUCACUAGCACAAGUAUACUUAUAUACGACUAGCCCACAUCUCUUUGAAGGAGAUGCUGAAGAUGCAUUCAUUCGUGUAAGAGAUAAGGUGAAAGUCCCACUUUAUGGUUGUGAUUGCUAUGCCUAUGCUCUUCUGGCUUCUGGUUUUGUGGAUCUUGUUGUUGAAUCGGGUUUGAAGCCAUACGAUUUCCUCUCCCUUGUACCUGUCAUUGAAGGAGCUGGAGGGUCAAUAACUGAUUGGAGGGGUGGCAAGCUCUAUUGGCCUGUCACGGCAGACUCACGGCCCACAAGUUUCAACGUGGUAGCAGCUGGAGAUGCCCGUGUCCACAAACAGGCUCUUGAUGCGCUGCAGUGGCGCUAGCCUGCUGCUUAUGCAAUCCUUACAAUUUACAGGUGAUAAAACCAAUAAUAAGCUUCACCUGUAUGCUUGCCCCCAAUCCAGGCCUUGCUCUAAUAAUCCACAGCAUGGAUGUAAACUAUAAAUCAAUCCUGCUGCACCGUGGAGUGCUUGGAGAAAGCUUAAUCUAGAGCUUGUUUCGUGUUGCUUCUUCC